CAAAACCGUAUAAUAAUAAAACAAACACAAUGUCUGCUGGCAUGCCAAUCAACCCCAAGCCAUUUCUUAAUGGGCUUACUGGGAAACCCGUGCUGGUGAAACUCAAAUGGGGACAAGAAUACAAAGGCUUUUUGGUCUCCGUGGACGGCUAUAUGAACAUGCAAUUGGCCAACACAGAGGAAGUCAUCGAGGGUUCUGUCACCGGCAAUCUGGGAGAGGUGCUGAUACGUUGCAACAAUGUGCUCUACAUAAAGGGCAUGGAGGAUGACGACGAAGAGGGUGAAAUGCGCGACUAGGAACCGCACGGCAAUCCAGCCGUGAGCCGUUCGCCGAUAAUGGAAACUCUACUCUACUUAUAUUAAGUGUAUAAAACUAAUGAAAUAAAGACGUAUUUAUUUUGUA